AUGCGCGUUAACUUCCUAAAAAUUCUCCUUCUUAUCAUAGGAGCAGCACGCCUCCGCGCCAGUCUCACGUCCCCUGAGCAUCAAAAGCUUAUCGGGCAAAGCCAGAGUGUUUUUGACACGGUCAGAAAAGCAUUGAAACGCGCGAGCAUUAUCGAUGAAGUGAUAGAUGACUUCGAAGUCAAAUGUUUAGUAGCUCCGUACUAUGGAAAGAAAGAAAGAGCUGUGGCUUUGGGCAAUGUCUUCAAGGAGUCAACGACCAAGGAGAAGCCAUCAGUGAAGAUCUAUUGCCCACAUAUCAAGAGCACUCCGGGUCUCACGAUUGCUUUGACAGAUCCUGAUGCGCCCUCAAGAGAGGAUCCGAAAUGGUCUGAGAUGUGCCAUUGGAUUGCCAUAAUUCCAACCUCGAGUCAGGAUGGUUUCGAAAACAACUUAGGAGAUAGUGCAGACGCAAAAGAACUCGUCAAAUACAAGCCUCCUAGCCCGCCUACAGAGACCGGAUAUCAGAAGAACUCUGAGAAAGGUGCUUCAUUGACUUAA